CUCCAUCGUUUUCUGCACAUACCCAUCAUCUUCCAUAACCAUUCUUGAAUCCUAAAAGAAAUGACAGCAAAUCUUGGAUCCAUGUCGCGUAAUUUUGCAGAUAAAAGCAAAGAAAGAUUGUUAUCUCGAAAGGGUUAUUCGGAAUUAGGUCUUUUUUCUGAAUCUUACACUAAUAUCAACAACGAAGAUGUUUCUUUUUUGGGUAGAAUCAAGAAAUGGUGGUCCAAUCUUAGACUGUUUCUUGUUAAUGCUUACGAAAUGGGUCGCUCCGACCCGAGACAGUUCAUCUUUGCUGCUAAAUCGGGUCUGGCACUCGCCAUUGUUUCUGUUCUUAUAUUCUUUAAAGAACCUCUUAACUAUAUAAGCCAAUAUUCCAUCUGGGCAAUCCUCACUGUAAUCGUCGUCUUCGAGUUCAGCAUAGGGGCAACACUUAGCAAAGGAUUUAAUCGAGCUUUAGGGACAUUUUCGGCUGGUGUUCUUGCAUUGAUUAUUGCUCAAAUAUCCAUGUGGGCUGGAGAAUGGCAAGAGGUUGUGAUUGUGGUCAGCAUCUUUGUAGCAGGUUCAAUUUCAAGUUAUGUGAAACUCUACCCAUCGAUGAAGCCAUACGAAUACGGGUUCAGGGUCUUUAUGUUGACAUUUUGUAUAGUACUCGUAUCCGGGACAUCGCAUUUUGUUCAGACAGCAGUUUCCCGAUUGCUGUUAAUUGGAGUUGGGGCUGGUGUGUGUUUGAUUGUAAAUAUAUGUGUUUAUCCCAUUUGGGCCGGCGAAGAUCUGCAUAAAUUGGUUGUAAAGAAUUUUAAGGGCGUCGCUGCUUCGUUGGAAGGAUGUGUUAAUAGUUACCUUCGGCAUGUCGAAUACGAAAGAAUACCUUCAAAGAUUCUUGUAUAUCAGGCUUCAGAUGAUCCUCUAUACAGUGGAUAUAGAUCAGCAGUACAGUCUACAAGUCAAGAAGAUGCUCUAUUGGGGUUCGCGGUUUGGGAACCACCUCACGGACGCUACAAGAUGUUGAGAUAUCCGUGGAGUCAUUAUGUUAAAGUUAGUGGUGCAUUAAGGCACUGUGCUUUUAUGGUCAUGGCAAUGCACGGUUGUAUACUUGCGGAAAUACAGGCAGCAGCAGAACUGAGAAAUAUGUUCAAGAACGAGAUCCAGAAGGUAGGUACCGAAGGUGCGAAAGUAUUGCGCGAACUGGGAAGGAAAGUCGAAAAAAUGGAAAGAUUAAGCCCCGAUGUCGAUUUACUCGAGAAAGUGCACGAGGCUGCCGAGGAACUGCAAAUGAUGAUCGACCAAAAAUCUUACCAUCUCGUCAACUCGGAGAAAUGGGCAGCAGCCGGAAAACAACUGAAAGAGUUUGAAGAUGCUGAUCGUCUUCAAGAACUAAAAGAAGACGAAAUCAAACCCAACGUCAUCAACUCCCUAAGCGAAGCAAACCUGAAACCACCUCUUCCCUUCAAAAACUUAAAUAUGUCAACCCAUCCUUCGAUGGUCCACUGGGGCUCGUCCGAAGAUGUGCUAAAGCAACAGACCCACUGGCCUUCACGGCUCUCGAUUCUUGGGGACACGAUUCUGAAUGAACGGGAAGUACGGACUCAUGAAAGUGCAAGUGCUUUGUCUCUAGCCACUUUCACAUCGUUACUGAUAGAGUUUGUGGCUCGACUUCAGAAUCUUUUAAGCUCCUUUGAAGAGCUUAGUGAAAAGGCCAAGUUUUCUGAACCUGUGAACCCUCUUGAAGCAAAAGAGGAAGUGGGUAUUUGGACAAGAUUGCUAAAGUGUAUCGGCAUCAAGGAUUAACGCGGUACAUGUGAUCGCUUUAACGUUAUCUUUCUUGGUUUCGGGUCCUCGUUUUGAAGAAUUUGUAUGUUAUAUGGUUUUCUUUUUGUGCGCGAGCGGAUUACAGUACAUUUUGGUGUGUCUUGUCAUUUACCAAAGGACCUUUCAUCUAAUGGUAUCAGGUCCAAGAGGUCGGGGUUCAAAUUUC